AUGACUUCACGGGAGCCACGCUUCAACCAGCACGUCCUCAUCGACACCACUCCCCUCCCCGACCACAUCCCCAAGGUGCAGGAGAUCGGCGCUUCCUCCGCUCCCCUCUUGAGCGCCAGCUACUUCAUCGGCGCAAGAUGCAAGGCCUACAAUGACGACUACAUGCAAUGCAAGACGGAGGCCAAUGGCAGGGGUGAGCUGGACUGCAUGCGCGAGGGCCGGAAGGUGACUAGAUGUGCGGCGUCGGUCCUGGAGGACAUCAACAACAGCUGCCUCACCUACUUCCGAAAGCAUUGGGAGUGCCUGGAGAACAACAACCAGCAAUUAUGGCAAUGUCGAAGAUUCGAGGGCAAGCUGAACAAUUGUGUAUUCGAGAAGCUGGGUCUGGAGAAGAAGAUUCCCGGCGCGCCGGAGAAUGAGGUUCAGGUACAUUUGAGGAAACGGCAGAUCUUUGCGGACUCCAUUCGUGACCAGAUCCCCUGGCCCGAGGCUGUCGAGAAGGCACGAGACGAGAGGGACUUUGGGAAGGCACAGUGA